AGACCUCAGCACGAUGUCUUACCAACAACAACAGUGCAAGCAGCCCUGCCAGCCUCCUCCUGUGUGCCCACCCCCUAAGUGCCCAGAGCCUUGUCCUCCUCCACAGUGCCCAGAGCCUUGUCCUCCCCCAAAGUGCCCAGAGCCCUGUCCCCCUCAGCCAUGCCAGCAGAAAUGUCCUCCUGUGCAACCCCCUCCAGCCUGCCAGCAGAAGUGCCCACCCAAGAGCAAGUGAGUGCUUCGGCUGUCAC